UUCUGGUUUUUCUUUUCUUAUUUUUUUGUGGGUUCAUACUUGUCUCUACAAUGGCGUCUUCCUCGAUACGUUUUGCUAUUGUUUUGCUUCUGCAUGUCAUCCUCUUGGUGCAAUUACUUCCAGUACAUUCGGAUGACGAAGAUGAUCAUCUAAUUCAAGGAAUCAAUAGCUUCAGACAAUCUGCAAAUGUUCCACCUCUCGCAAAGCACGAUAAUGCUGAUUGUCUAGCCGAAGAAAUUGCUGAUGAACUGGAGCAUCGGCCAUGUGCGUCCAACACUGCGUCCAAUACGCAGCUAGCCAACUAUCAGAGUCUUAUAAGGAAAUGUAAGAUAGACAUCAAUACCACAACUGACGGGGUAAUACUGCCGGUGUGUGUUCCCGAUCGGGUUGCGCCUCUUGUGCUCACUAAUUACACGGAGUCUCAGAAUUCAGGAUAUCUGAACAAUUCCAGGUAUACUGGAGUAGGAAUGGCACAUGAAGAUGAUUGGACUGUUUUAGUUUUAGCCACGAACACGCCAGGAGGUAGCUUUGCAAAUAAAGCUUGUCUGCUAAAUAUCAUCACUUCAAGUCACUUGGUAUCGCUGUUUCUGGGCGUGUUUUUGGCAUUCGUUGGUUAAAAGCCUUGAUGAUGUUCUUGUAUAUGUAAUGUGUGUUUCCUAAUGUACUUUGCUGUAACGUAGUUUGUUUUUCAUGGUCAUGAACGGCAAAACUGAAUGGGCAGUGUAUUAGCUAUUAAUGAAGUGUUUCUCUUUGUUGGAUUUA